UGGACAGGUUGAUAAACAAUAUCUCGGGUUUCGUUUCUCAGAGAUAUGCCUAUCUCAGUUGAAGCACUUCUUCUCGACGGAGGAGAACCCGACGCUCAAGACUCAAUAACCACGAUGAAUGCACACGCCAUGGCCCAAAGGUAUAUGAGAUACAAUAAAUAUACUAGAUCUUGACGUCUUAGCUACUCACCUAUCAUGCUCUAGGCGUCGAGGAAACUUCAAGUGAUAGAACCGGAAUCAAAUGAUUACCGAUCCUGCCAAACGGGUGACAGACUAGGCGUAUUGCCAACUUCACUUGAUUACUACAGGGCAUAUUGUAGAUUCAAGGAUCGCAUGGUUAUUACGUGGAUAUGGAAAAGUGUCGAAGUUGGGAGAGCGAGGUGGGUGCGGGGCUUUCAAUGAACGAUACCAGUGCCUUUGUUAUUUCAUAAGGCAUCGAUCGAUCAACUGAGGAUGAAUUGCAGUUGAAAGUGACAGUGAUAUCCCCGCCGUUAUCUCCAACGGGCGCUAUGACUUAGUACGCAGUCCACUCUGUGGGCGUUCAUUCCAUCCGUAUAUAUAUAUAGUAGCUCAAUAUAUUAGCGAAUGUGAGCAACCGAACGUGUAUAGGCUCAACAGUUUUCAAAAUCAUCAGCUACGUGGAAAUGGAAUGGUUUCGAAUGAUAUGAUCAAAAUGAACCGAGGCCUAUACAGCGAUAAGUUGUUUCUUGGUGGUCAAGGUCGACGUCACUCUUCAAGGAUCCCACCCUGUUUCUGGUGUCGCGGGGAACCAUUCAUGGCCCAAUUCGAUUCGCCUCCGAAGACAUAAAGCACAUGAUGACGAACCUUUGACGGGCAGUGGAGGCUAUAGACUGUCACUGAAGAUAUGAUACAUAGAAUCGAAACCCGUAAUUCAAACUAUUCAUUAUCGACCAAAACCCAACGAGUUUAUUGAUCGUACCCAAAACGUCGACAACAUCAACUAAUAGCCCAUCAUGCUCUCUCCUCCUCAACAUCAACAUGAUACUGCAUCAGCAUCCUCAUCCAGAACUACCAGAUCAUCACAAGACAAACACAACAACAAGAAAACAGAGCCUAUUCCAACUUCAACCCCUCGACAGCCAGACGAAAUCGAAGAAGUGGAUACGACAGUACCAGUAAAGACGUAUCAACCAAAGCAGAAGCAGAAAAGAGUUGAACCGUCACCUGACAAAGAUACCGACGAUGCCGAGAGUGUACAUCUAUCAUCCGACGAAGACACAUCAGAUGAAGACUCCUCAGACUAUGACUCAGACUCAGAAGGUAGCGUGGAAGAGCUGCCUCCUCGGCAACUAUCGAGGAGAGCAACAGAUCGAAGUGUAAAAACAACUCCUGGGUCGCCAUUCACAAUCACCCAGACACGAAGCGAAACUACUCGCUGGAUAUCAACACAGAACAAUGGAGGCAUGAUGCGAGGGGCCAGAACUGUCAACCAGCAGACAACAUUGCAUGGACACAACGUCAAUGGACCACAGCCAAGACCGAGCAAUAGGAACAGUAUCAGCUUCAACAUGAGCGUCAAUGUUGACAUGUCCUUCAACGGCCUCGUCACAGGCCGAAACCUGGGCUUCACAGGGGUAGGCAUUCUGCCAUGAGUUUCUUUUACUUUUUGGAAUUCAAUCGAAAGGUUGCUAACAAGUGCAGGGAUCACUAUCAUAUGCAUGGAGCCGGCGUAACACGCAAGGGGGUUGAUGUCCUCUCUUUUCAUGUGGACUAUUUGGCUAUAGGCAACCAAAUUAUUAAUGACAACUUCGAAGGUGGGAUUUUAGGUGUAAGGCGCUAAACAUUCUGGUGGUGUACAUAGUUGUGAACAUGACAGAUAUCAAACUCAAGUAUCAUGACAACAAAGCUACUCGAUCAUGUCAAUAUCGUCGGUCGCAGCUUGAGCUUCAGUCUGCGCCGGUGCCUGUGUUUGAGCAGGGGGUGCAUCUUGCUGGUCAGCAGGUUCGGCGGCCUGCGCGUUGUCACCGCCGCCAAAGUAAUCCGCCAUCUCUGCAUCCAGCUCCUCCUGUGUCUUCUUUCCACGAGGGUUGCCCCGUCCGCCGCGUCCGCCCUCCUGAUCUCUGCCCCCAUCUCUGCCAUCGCGUCGAGCUCCAGGGCGACGACCACCCUGUCCUCGGCCCCGACCACCCUGUCUAGGCAUUGGGCUGCGACGAGGACCCUGACCGGGAACAUAUCUAUCGAUUCCUCUGCGGGCAGCAUCGUCGUCAUCAUACCGGCGAUGGGGAGAAUGGGAUCUUCGUUCCCCCGGACUCGAGAUUCGCUCUGCCAGUGGACGGCCGGGCAUAACGGCGGUAUCAAAUGGGUUUCGCGAGGGUAGCAGAGUCAAUCGAAUGGGUUGACCUGGUUUCUGUUAGUCAGGUUGCACAACUCGGCAAGCUGGCUUUUCACUCACCAUUGGCAUUGGCACCAUCAAACUGCUUGACCGCCUCCUGAGCGUCCUCCUUCAGUUCGUACGUCACGUAAGCAGUACCCUCUGAUCGCCCAGCGCGGUCAUACCGUAGCUGAAGGCGAACAACUGGGCCAAUUCUUCGAAAUAGCUCCUAUAUGCCUGUGAGCUGCUGUGUAGUAAUUCCAGCCAUGUGAUCCACCUACAUCCAGGUCUUCUUCAGUGAGAUCAUAGUGAAUGUUGUCAACUCUGAGCUUGACGCCCUUGGACUCCCUAUUGUGCACAAGGUUAGGGAGAUCGCGAUUGUUGAUUGGUGAGACUCACUGGUCUGGGGAUUCGCGGCGGCGGCGAGGAGCAGGAGCUCGGCGGUUGUCUGGACAAGUGUCAAAAGGGCGUCCUGGGCAGGAAGGGUUUUCAAGUAUUACUGUUCUCUUCGAAUCGGUCAUGGACCCAUUCGCUGUGUACAGUUAGCAAGCGAGAGGAGUAGGAAGGCAAGACUUUGACUGACCUAUCAAGGUUUCGUGAAUCGUCGCGAACGGACUGUAAGUGGGAGGGACGCUCUGGUCAGCAAGGGAUUUUCAGAGUGGAAAGCCGUUCAAUCGACAAAAGCUCCGAGCACCGAAAGGACGAGUUGCGAGGAGGGUUGUACAGGUCGAGUUGGCAUCAUUGGAGGGCGAGGGAAGUCAACCUGCACCGCCGACGUCAACAAAGACUCAUGAUGAAGGCCGAGUUGCCGUUUGAGGAGAAACCAACCUUUCUAACACCAUCGCGAGGGUAGUCAUUACGGGGUUCACGUCGGCGACCUUGGCCACGGUGGUUGCGAGGUCGAUUGGCGCGCUGCGAAAGAAAAAGUCAGCCUGGGUUGAUGCGAGACGGGGGCGCGUUCAUGUACUGCGGGAGACGGUAUGAAAGUAUAGGAGGGAGAUGAGAAAGACGUACAGUAUCAGCGAUGAUCUCAUCGAGACCGCGAUCCAUCUUGUCAGCCAUAUUUGCGUAUAUUUGCUGCGAAGCUUUGCAGAAUCCGCGACGAAUUCGGCAAGUUGAGGUUGAAAUUGAAGAGGAGAGCUGUGUUGCUUUACAAAGUUGGGCCAAGGUUGUCUACGCACAUGCGAAGGAUGGAUUGAAUGUCAUGGGUGGGUGCCACAAAUCAAGGCUUCAAGCCACAACCUGGGCGUUGAAUCGUGGUGGAGCCUCUAUUAUUAGUGCGACAAUACGAGGAAGGACUUGAUAAUGAUAUUGUUGGGUUUCGGGCGAUCGAACAGGACCAAUUUACAAUUGAAACAGUUUAGGAGACUCGAAUACCACUGAUAUUAGUUAUUUGUCAAGCAUCAUACCGUCAGAUUGAUCAGAAC